AUGGAGUUGGAGACGACAGGGGGCGAUCGCAGUUCCGAGGUGUGGGAGAAGGCGGGCAUACCUGACGACUUGCGCCCUCUCAAUCCAGAGCUCAUCAGCCAGGGCGCUGAGGCUCGAGUGUACAAGGCCACCUUCCUGGGGCGGCCAACGAUCGUCAAGGAGCGGUUCACCAAAGCCUACCGCCUGCCUGAGCUCGACGUCAAGCUCAACCAGUCCCGCAUCACGCAGGUGCGCCCACCGACGACAACGCGUGUGCGUGUGCGGUGGUGCGGCAACUGA